AUGUCUAGAACACUUAUUUCUCCUUUGAUAAAAUCUACUUUUCACUGUAGCUGUCACAAGAGUAUACAACCUCAUUUAUUAUCAAUAUUCAAAAGAGUCUGCUCUUAUAGUCGAAGUAAUAUAGAAAGACUUGAUAUGUUAAAAAAGGUUUACUUACCUCUCUUAACCUAUAAAGAAGAAACACAAGAAUGGUCCAAACUUAUUAAAUCUGGAAAAGCUGAAUAUACCGAUUUUUUGAAAGCAAUUGAUAGCCUCAAAGCCUCCUCAAGAAUUUCAUCUGUAGACAUUUUAAAAGGACUGACUAAGAAUUUUAGCUUGAAUGACUUUCUAAAAAAUAUAGACACGCCAUUACCUGCACUAAGUUCUCUUUCUGAUAAACUAGAAAAUGAAGUUAUCAAAGUUCAAAAUCAUCUACUAGCAACCUAUUUUCUAUAUAAUACUUUUUAUAAGUUAGAUCAUGAAAUUAACCUUGAUGAAGUCCCCGCAUUGAUGGAAAGAUUCAUACAAUUUCGAGACAAGAACCAAAAUAGUAGUCUUCAUCCUCUCAUAAUCGCUAGUCGUAUACUUUUGAUCUUCCUUUAUAUUAAUCCAUUUGCAGAUGAAGAAUACACAUCUACUUUAUUUCUAGCACAAGCAGAAAAGGAUUCGAUUCUACUAUAUGCUUUGGUUGUGCAAAACAUCUUUAAUAUUUUAAUGAGAUAUCAAGCAUAG